GUUGAAGUGGGAAGGAGGCGGUGUUUUGCUGAUCUGUUAAAUUCUUAGUAAAGUUUCUGAGAUUUCCAGUGGCUGCUGUUGUUUGACUUUGGUUUGGAGCAGAGCUGAGGUUAUCCUGACAUUUCUGGGACUGGAUCCAGCCAAAGGGAAGAAGAAGGGGGAAAGGGAAAACGAGAAGAAGGAGAAGAGGAAAGAAAGGUGGGGAGGAAUACACGGAGACGUGAAGAACUGAAUAAAGAAAAAAAAAAGCCCACCCCUUUUUCCCUAUCACAUUGCUGUGUUUUCCUUCAGUCUGGAAAACGUAUUGAUCCUGAUACUUUGGCUCUCGGGAAACAAAGGGACUUAGCCAGAUUGGGGGGGAAAGCAUGAUAAGAAGGAUCAUGGAACUUUAAAAAGAGAGAGAGAAAUUCUCCAAACAUCUGGGACUCCACUCUUGCGGGAUGUGAUGUGUGCUGGAGUUUACGUGUGACUGCUACAAAAACCAAGCCAGAACUUAAAGGUAAAUGGAGAUACAAGGAUUUAAAAGGACGGUUCCCUUCACUUCAUUCUACUGGUCAAGAAGGUAAAAAGGAGAAAGAGAGAAAAAAGGAAAAUCAACUCAACUGGAAAUAAGACAGUCUCUGGAGUCUGUGGUCUUUUAAGUUCAAAACUGGAGCUGCUGCAAACCCUUUGGUGCUGUUCAUCCGCUGAAAGGGAAAAGAGCUGGGAGGAGACUGAUUUCUUCUAGGGAACUGUCCUGCGACUAAGCUUCAGGACUUCCCCCUCCCCGCCAAACCCUCUGCAUUCCAUCUCUAUGAGCUAGAAUUGGAUGACACAAUGAACUGGAUGAUGGAAUGGGGCUUCACCAUGCUACUGGCAAUGUGGCUAGUGUGCCCAUCAGAACCCCACCCUCAAACAGUGGACAGAGGGAGCCAUGGAGCUGGGAAAGUGCUGCCAGCUUCCCAGGUUAAUGGUAGACCACUUCGAUUCCUGAGGCACACAAGGAGGGCCCAGGGGAGUGUGAGAGCCACACCAGAUAAUCCUGACCAUCCCAUCCUAGACAGGAGGAGAGCUGUGCCAGUAUUGAGACUAGCCCGCCCAACUCCCCUGCCAAUGCAGACCAGAGUGGGUGGCAGCCGAAUGAGGCAGGAACAGAGACCGACAGCCAAGAGCUCCCCAAGGGAGAUGGUGAAAGAUGAGGGAUCCUCUGCUCGGGCAAAAAUGGUGCGAUUCCCAUCAGGGUCCAGCUCUCCCAACAUCUUAGCCAGCUUUGCAGGGAAAAACAGGGUAUGGGUCAUCUCUGCCCCUCACUCGUCGGAGGGCUACUACCGCCUCAUGAUGAGUCUCCUAAAGGAUGAUGUGUACUGUGAGCUAGCAGAAAGGCACAUCCAGCAGAUCGUGCUAUUCCAUGAGGCAGGGGAGGAAGGUGGCAAGGUGAGGAGAAUCACCAAUGAGGGCCAGAUCUUGGAGCAGUCCCUCGAACCUACUCUCAUCCCCAAACUGAUGAGCUUCUUGAAACUGGAGAAGGGGAAGUUUGGCAUGGUGCUGCUGAAGAAAACCCUGCAGGUGGAGGAACGCUACCCAUACCCAGUGAGGCUAGAAGCAAUGUAUGAGAUCAUUGAUCAGAGCCCUGUCCGAAGGAUAGAGAAGAUCCGGCAGAAGGGGUUUGUCCAGAAGUGUAAGGAAGCUGGUGUGGAGGGACAGGUGGUUGAGGAAGGGAAUAAUGGUGGUGGUGGAGGGAGCAGACCAAAGAUGGGCAGUGAAAAGAAGAAAGAAGACCCACGGAAAGGACAAAUCCAACCCACAAGGGAGAGUCGAGUGAAAACAAUAAAGAAAUUGGUCACCACAACAGUAACUCCUCCUCCAACUGCAAGGGCCACCAUGCUUCCUCCAUCUCCUCCAAGGACAGCAGCCUGGACCACCCCUCGUGCGGUGACAGUGGCAACCCGGCCUACUACCACGACUACCACCUUUCCAACCACUCAGAGAACAUGGACUACCAGAGUUCAUACCACCUCCUCUUCCCACAGGCAGCCUUCAGCAGCUGAGGCGACAACUCCCAAGGGGACCUGGGAAUCAGAAGAUUUCUAUCCCACCUCAAGGAAGGAGCAGCACAAAGAGAGGCAACAGCCUACCAGGAGACCAAGCAAGACCACUGGCUAUGACAGCCACACAGCAGCAACCCCUGCAACCCCAGACCACUAUACAAGGGCAGGCAUAAGCCGCUUCCGUGACAACCGUACAGACAGGAAGGAGUAUGGCCCUCGGGAUCCAAAUGUGGUGCCAGGCCAGCACAAACCAGUGAAGGCAAAGCCACCUAAAAAAAAAGCACAGGAAAAGAUUCUAAGCAAUGAAUAUGAGGACAAGUAUGACCCUAGCCGGCCUACUGUCUCUCAGCUAGAAGAGGAGCUUGAGGCAGGGAACAUCCCCCCUAAGAAAGGGAAGGAGACAAAAAAGCAUGAGCGGCCUGACAAGCCUGAGAAGAAGAAAAAGGUGAAGAAUGAGAAACCAGACAAGCUGCAGAGUGAAAAGCAGACCAAGAAGGACAAGACAGAAAAAAAGAAUAAGCAGGAGAAAGAACGGAAUAAAAAGAAGAAGGGGAGCAAAACAGAGCAUGACGGGUACUUGAAACCCACUUCAAAGCUUUUCACACAGAGUUCCAAGAAAUCAUUGACUGACCUGCUAGAAUUUUUUGAAGGGAAAAGGCGGCUCAUUCUCAUCACUGCUCCCAAGGCUGAGAACAACAUGUAUGUGCAGCAGCGAGAUGAAUACCUGGAGAGUUUCUGCAAAAUGGCAACCAGAAAGAUCUCUGUGAUCACUAUCUUUGGCCCUGUCAACAACAGCACCAUGAAAAUUGACCACUUCCAGCUAGAUAAUGAGAAACCCAUGAAGGUGCUAGAUGAUGAAGACUUAGUAGAUCAGCAUCUCAUCAGUGAACUGAGGAAGGAGUAUGGAAUGACCUACAAUGAUUUCUUCAUGGUGCUAACUGAUGUUGACAUGAGAGUCAAGCAAUACUACGAGGUUCCCAUAGCAAUGAAGUCUAUUUUUGAUUUGAUUGACACUUUCCAGUCUCGAAUCAAAGAUAUGGAAAGGCAGAAGAAGGAGGGCAUUGUCUGCAAGGAGGACAAGAAGCAGUCACUGGAGAACUUCCUAUCUAGAUUCCGUUGGAGGAGGCGUUUACUUGUGAUUUCUGCUCCUAAUGAUGAAGACUGGGCAUAUUCACAGCAGCUCUCUGCUCUCAGUGGACAGGCUUGCAAUUUUGGUCUGCGUCACAUAACCAUUUUGAAGUUGUUAGGCCUUGGUGAAGACAUUGGGGGAGUUUUGGAAUUGUUCCCAAUCAAUGGAAGUUCUGUGGUUGAACGAGAAGAUUUGCCUGCCCAUUUGGUGAAAGAUAUACGGAACUAUUUUCAAGUCAGUCCCGAGUACUUCUCUAUGCUUCUGGUUGGGAAAGACGGAAAUGUCAAGUCCUGGUAUCCUUCUCCAAUGUGGUCCAUGGUGAUAGUAUAUGACUUAAUUGAUUCCAUGCAACUCAGGAGACAAGAAAUGGCUAUUCAGCAGUCACUGGGCAUGAGAUGCCCUGAAGAUGAGUAUGCUGGCUAUGGUUACCAUAGCUAUCACCAAGGCUACCAGGAUGGCUACCAGGAUGAUUAUCGUCAUCAUGAGGGUUACCACCAUGGAUACCCUUACUGAGCAGAACUAUGUAACCUUUGCCUCCCUUCCAUUUCCCAACCAAUAACCCCUGCAGCUGUUAAAGCCACAUAUAGCCAGCUAUGUAAAGAAAUUACUUCAAACAGCUUAAACUACCCUGAAUUUUUCUUACAGUGUUCAUCCAAGACUAAAUAAAUAGCAGACUUUUGCCUUCCCCAAAGUGCAUGAGUCUAAAUUUUAAAAUGAAAUAGUUCCAAAAUAGUAACCCCAGAGUUUUAAAGUAACAAAGACUUCUUUUUGUGUUUUCUUUAGCUGGAGGGCAUCUAUUGCUCAGUAAUUGUACUAAAAACCAAGAUGAUUUUCUUUUAUUUCCUUCAAAGAUGGACAUUGUAUGGUAGAGAGAAGACUGUAAAAUAAGUGUUCUGAUGCUUUUUAUUUUUUCAAAAGUAUUUAUUGGAAAGUGAGAAUUUUGUAUAAUGUCAAAGAAUAUGAGUAAAAGGCCAUAACCCAGAUUCUUUUAAGAAAGGUGAAUGAAUGAGAUUACAGUUUGAUUAUUAACACCUUUUAAAAUGUCUGUCAAAAAGAAACUUUGCUUAAAUUAACCAA